AUGUCGUCUCAAAACAAUAACCUUCCUAUCGUCUUUGUCGUUGGUGCAACCGGCGCACAAGGCAUUCCAGUUGUUCGCGACCUUGUCAAAGAUGGCGCUUACAAAGUCCGCUUUCUAACGCGCGACGCCAAUUCCCCACGAGCAAAAGCCCUCACCGCCCUCGGGAAUGUCGAGCCUCUUGUUGGGACCUUUGCCAGCGAGGAAGACCUCCGAAAGGGCUUCCGCGGCGCCCAGUACGCAUUCACAUUCUGGGCCAUACGAAGCUAUGAGCUUGCUCUCGAAGAAGGUAUCAAGUUCUUCGUCUAUGGUAAUCUCGACUUUUCAUACAAGAAGAGUGGAUAUGACCCCAAGUUCCGGACUGGCCAUUAUGACGGCAAAGGUCGAAUCGCCGAAUGGAUCUUGCAGCAAAACAAGGAUCCGAAGAACGCGGCACGAAUGGGCGCUGCCAUUUUUACUACUGGGCCUUAUAUGACAAUGGCAAUUGCUGCGCAUACUCCCAUGAGUCCUCGGAUUGAGGAUGGAGUUGUCACAUGGAGAGUCCCUCUCGGAGAUGGCGCUGUUUGUCACGUUGAUCUGGAUGAUUGUGGAUACUAUGUCCGUUGGCUGUUUGAGCACCAGAAGAGAGCCAACGGAAUGGAUCUCGAGGUCGCGAUUGAUCUCAUUAGCUAUAACGACCUGGCCAAGGCUUUCGAGAAGGUGUCUGGCCACCCAGCCCGAUAUAUCGACACAGACCUCGACACCUAUUGGACUUCAGGUCCUCUUGGAGAUGGAACUCCAAGCAGCGGAUACAACUCUGACCUCAAUGAUCCCGCCGCAAUGACAAUCCGCCAGAACUUUACCGGGUUUUGGAACAUUUGGAAGGCGUCUGGAGGAAACAAGGGUUUGGUCCAGCGAGACUUUAAACUUUUGGAUGAGAUUCACCCUGGAAGAGUCAAGUCGGCUGAAGAGUGGUUCAGGAAGGAAGAGAAGAAGGGAAUUGAGCAUGGCUUGGGAGAUCUCUGGGAUAGGGUCAACAAUCUUAGGCCUGUGUUGAAGCUUGUCGAGGAUCGACGGAAGGGUCGUCUAUGA